AUGUCUCUUUGUUUGCAGGAUGGAAUUCAGCCUGGCUCAAAUCUUUUGCAGGGAGUUGAAUUUCUUGUAUCUGGGCCUAUUGAUAAACAAUCUAUCCUUGAUUCUGGGAUCUUAUGUUGUCUGAUUUAUAUUCUCAAUGCCCUUUUGGGUCAUAAUGGAAGAAAUACAAGGCAAAAGGUAACAUCCAUUGAAGAGGAACCAGAAGCCAUGGAUAGCCCAGGUCCAUAUCGACGCCUUGUGGUAGAAGGCAGUGUUGUGCAUAUUAUGAAGGCAUUGGCAAGCCAUCCUGCAACUGCUCAGAGUUUAAUUGAAGACAAGUCACUUCAACUACUCUUUGAGAUGGUUGCCAAUGGAUCUUUAAUUUUAUUUUCAAGAUAUAAGGAAGGUCUUGUACCCUUACACAGUAUUCAACUCCAUAGACAUGCAAUGCAGAUACUUGGUCUUCUUAUGGCUAAUGACAAUGGAAGCACCACCAAGUACAUUAGGAGGCAUCAGUUGAUAAAAGUACUACUAAUUGGUGUGAGGGACUUCAAGCCGGAAAUUGGAGACCCUGCAUAUACAAUGGGAAUUGUGGACUUGUUGCUUGAAUGCAUAGAAUUGUCAUAUAGACCUGAGGCUGGUGAUAUCAGAAUGAGGGAGGAUGUUCGUAAUGCUCAUGGAUACCAAUACCUUGUUCAGUUUUCCAUUAAUUAUGUGGUUAUACUCCAUUUCAUUCCCUCAUUACUUGCUGCUUUUGUUGUUGAAGUUGAUGUUAAAGUUGAAGAACCAGGAAAAGACAAUGUUCACAAUAACACAUUCUGUACUUUGAUGUUCCAGAUGUGA